AACGUUUGUAACGAUUAUAUGAUCAACACUGUGGAAAAUGCUGUCUCUUCUUUAUCUGUCUCUCCAACCACAGUAGACCAAACCAUUCCAAGUACACAAAUUUCGCCAGAAUCCAAGAGCACUGAUCAAGUUGUAUCAUGCAGAGUACCUUCUAUUUUUAAAGAAGACAUCAUUAAAGACCUAUCUAUCAACGACCCCUCCCAGAGCGUGUUACCGCCUCUUCCAAUCUCCUUUAUGAAAAGGAGCACCCGUCGCACGGAGACUUCCUUAAGCGAAGACGGCAAGGAAUGUUCCUCAGAGUCUCUGAAGAAAUUACAAAACCAAAUCGAAUCUUCUUUGUGUAUCGAGAAGAAAACGUGUCCCACAUAUUUCAAUGAACUCAUCAAUCUGAUACAGUCCGAAUGCAACUACUAUUCUAUGUUAAAGAUGGUUUCGGAAAUAUACGAACCUUGCUUUAAAAAUCAAUAUAUCAAGCUAAAAAAAAUUAUGUCUGAGCAAGAACUAUCCACUUGCGAAUAUUUGAUAUCGCAACUUUCUGUCCUCUCGAGAAAUCAUUUUAAGUUUUUAGAAAGUCUCAAGCACUUGAUUCAGUUCCAAGCUGAUUCUAGUGACUCGCUGAAAGACGAUUUGGUCUCUGUCUUAAAACAGUAUACAGUGUAUUUGGCAAAUCUUCCAUCGACCUUUGAUAUCUUUUGUAAAUCCAAAAAAGUAAAAGAGUUCAACAAGCUACUAGAAGAGUGCAAAGCUAAGUCUAGAUCGUCUAUAGACUUAGGGGAAAUUUUAAUUUUUUCGAGCAGUCGGAUUCAAGAUUAUGAGCGCUCGUUUAGUAUUCUACUCGUCUACACCAAUCCUAUGAGCAUAGGUUACACCUUGUUCGCUGAUUGUUUGUCUCAUAUUAAAGAAGCAUCUAAUUAUAUUUCCUGUCUCAAGGUCAUGAUGCGCAACCAAAGAAGCACAUUUUCUUUUCAAGACCAGACAAUCGAACCUGCCGUCAAACCUCUUGAAGGACUCACCGCCAAAUCAGAAAUAUCAAAAAACAUGAAAGAGUCGCCCUGUGAUGUUUUAUACGAGGACACCAUGGAAAUGCGCCUAAUUAGUGCUGAUUCAAAUCACCCUAGAAUCAGCAAAGUGAAAGUGCGUGCUUUUGAAAAUAUCAUACUUGUCGCGCAGAUAGACCCUUCUGGAGAGAGUGAAGCCUUCGAUUUGAUGUUACCUUAUUUAGAAUUCAAAAUAGAACGUUCAGAAGAAGAAAGAUCUGGGUUCCGUAUGGUCAGCGACAGUAGGGUUUAUGUGUUUAUCACUGAUAAUAAGGCUAUGACCGACAAAUGGGUUGAAAAGGUGGAAGAAUGCACAUUGAAACUUAGGAGCACUGUCGCAAAAACCACUUAUACAGAAAGCCAAAAGCAAACAAAUUUGAACAUUUCUAUUAUUGCUGGAAGAAAUUUGAUUCAAAACUGUUUUAUCCCACUUAACCUUUUUGUCAGAAUUACAUUAGAUGACGUGAUAAAAGAGACGAAGUGCAUCGAAAACUGCUGUUUUCACCCAGUCUGGAACGAACGAUUUAUCUAUACACUGAAAGAUCGUUAUCAAAAAACUCUGUUGGUUGAAGUUAAAUGCAAACAGGAAAAAGAGGAGCAGACCAUGGCCUGUGCCGAAAUAGCACUGAGCAGCUUGUAUGAAAAUGUGGAGAAAAAUUGGUGGGUCAGAUUUAUGUCAAUGAAUCCUAACAUCAAAUCUCCAGAGCUUCUAGUAAAAAUUGUGCUUACGAGUAGCUGAUCCAUUCUAUUUUUGCAUGGCCCCUCGAAUUCUAUGACACACUUAUUGUCCUGAACCUGACCACCUAAAAUGGCAACCAUUGAAACAAAGCGAACUCCCUUCAACGUGGACACCUGUUCUAAACCAUGUCGUAUACAAAAAGUUUUUUUAGCUUUGGUUUUGGACUUAUUGACUUUAGAAUCCUCAUCCAUAACUGUUUGAAAUGUCUUCAAUUCAGCUGCAAAUAAUAUUGUGUGCGCCCAUCCGCAAUAUGGACCAAACUUCUCCUUGAAAAAGUCUGCUAUGUAUUGAUAAGUUGAUGAAUUUUUUUUUCGUUUUGGUAGAUAUCUCAUCGCUAUUUUCCAGACAUGCGUAUCGACAGGAACCACAUCCAAUCUCUCCAUAGAGAACAGAGCAAUACAAUCUGCAACCUUAUGACCUAUGCCCGGUAAAGAUAGAAGUGCCAACUUAGCUACGUCUGUCGGUACCAAUUUCUGUAAUCUGAGCCAAGUUUCUCCGCCAUUCUCCUUGACAAUUUUAGCUGACUCGACUAUAUAUUUAGAGCGAUACCCAAACCCGAGUCCGCGCAAUUCAGGUUCUGUUGCUCGAAGCUUAUCAGCCAAAUGAGGAAGAAAUUUCAUCCGACAGAAAACAACAGCUAAUUAGUUUUAUUAUACAUUUGAAGUUUGGCGUGUGCUGUAUUUUUUGGGGUGCAUCUGUCUCACAUACCAGCUGAUCAAUUUUUGGGAAUGCGUAAUAGUCGACACCGUCAACCGUCGCGAUAAAUGACCCAUAGACCUGGUAGGAAGAACAAGGAAGAGAAAGGUAAGGCACAUAUCUAGACAAAUUUAUUUCCUGCAUAUGAAAGCCGUUAUACUUCAAAAUUGACGGCUGGUGGAUAUUUUGUUUUAUCCACAAUCUGAACAAAUGUUUUUUGACAAUUGGAACUGUCAGCCAAUUUUGUUUAUACAGCGCAAUUUGGCAUUUUAUCUUUCAGUCUCGUUCUGAAAGAUGCUCCACAAAUUUUGGGUUCACUUUUUUUCGUACGUUACACAGCGUUUCGACCAUGCUUGAAAUGCGUUUAGUAUGAUUGUUUUGGCUACAUAUAAAACAGAAAGUACAUUCAUAAGGAUCUUGUCUUAGCAA